GACCAUUCCACUUGUGGACUGUCUAAAUGAUAAAAAAACGUGUAAAGGACAGGGCCUACCACCUCGGGAAACCUCAUAUAGGUGGGCUACCUGUCCAUUCACAUAAGGCUCAUACAGAAAAACAGGACGAAGCUCAUGCGUUCCAAAUUGAAAGCAUAAACUGCCUAUAUAUGAACGCCGCGAGUCUACCAAACAAACUGGAUGAAUUACGUGAACUUAGCAACGCUAAUAAGGCCCAUCUGAUAGGAAUAUCUGAAACCUGGAUAUCUUCUCAGUUCUCGGGCCAAGAGUUAGCAUUACCUGGGAUGACUUUGUUCCGCAACGACAGAAAAACAGGAAUUGGGGGCGGAGUAGCCAUAUACAUAAGCUCUUUCUUGGAGGUGCACCAAGUUCACAACCUCGAGUUUAACAAUCAUGAGGAAUCCAUAUGGUGCUCUGUAAGAUUGUCUAGUACUUCGAGGUGUCUAGUCGGAGUCAUUUACAGGAAGCCAACUGCCGACAUCGAGUACGAUAGUCGUAUGCUGGAAGGACUAUCCCACUCUACCCGUCUCGGUUUCACACAUAUCCUGAUUCUAGGGGACUUUAAUCUCCCUACAGUCAACUUCGCGGAACACACGUAGACUGGAAGCGACAGCUCAAUUGAAGCUCGGUUCUUCAACCUCAUCGAUGACUUGGGCUUAUAUGAAAAUGUGAGGUCGG